AUGGCAAGGCCUGAAGGGUCUAUUGCAGAAGCAUAUGUCGCUGUUGAGUGCUUGACUAUUUGCUCAAGGUACUUUGGUGAUGAUGUUGAGACACGACAUAAUCAGGAGGGCAGGAAUAGAGAACGUGUUGACGGACAGUUACGUGCUAUGAUGAAUGCAAAGCCAACAGGUGCUGCAAAGCAAACGGGUGCUGCUAGUGAAGACUCUGGUUCAUUAUAUAAACCUGGAGAUGAGGACAUGGAACAAGGAGUUGAUAAGGAGGCAAUGCUGGAUUUGGAGCUUGAACUUAACAACAAUAUGCCAAAUAAUGUCUCCAAGAAUAUCGGAGGAUCAGGAACAUCAAAGAGAGUGACGGCAAUACCGGAGGAGCAAAGUCAAUCAACUAGAAUCACUAGGAAGAGGGCAAGGGAAUUAUCUGAACCUACUGAAGUUUGCCAUGUUCUAGCUACAGACCCACAAGAUGGUGCCAUAGAUCAAGAGCGGGAGCGCGUCCUCGCGCUGCAACCUUGUCGGCUCCUUGGUGUUGACGGUGAUGACGUCGCGCGGCAGCGUACUGCUGUCGCUGUCGUCGAGGGCCAAUUUGACGAUGACGACCAGAGGAUAGUCGUUAUCGUCCUUCUAUUGUUCCUCCAGAACAGCGUUGUCGACGAUGUCGACGUUGGCGCGCGGCGCUGGUGUGAUGUCAGGGGCGCUGGUGACGAGAGCGAGGGCGCCCGGCAGCGUGGCCGCGUGCUGCUGCGUUGCUGCUGGCGUGGUCACGGUUGCCGUCGUUGUUGA